UCUGUUUUGAAUAUUUUUACUUUGUUCAAAGGCACUUAUGACAAGGCAAAGAUGAGGGCCAAGAAGGCGGAAUGCGAGUUGGCUGUCGACACCACGGAGCUGUCGGCGAUGCUGCUGCGGGUGCAGCUGGAGGUGCGGCAGCAGAACAGGGACGUCCUGCAUGAGCUGCAGCAGCUGAGGCAUGAAGUACGGGUCGUGUCUGAGAGGCUGGAUGAAACUGAGCCUCUCGACAAGACCCGUGCACUGUCUCAGCCUGCCUUGUCGACGGUGCCUCCAGUUCUUCCUCGGCUACCUGCCGACAAUAUUAAAGAAUUAGAGGCAGCCGUGCGGGAUGAGCCUGUGGCUGCCACCUUGCACAAGCACCUCCUGCAAAUAGGAGGGAAGUCACUGCGCGAGGUGCCAUCGUAUGCCAUGAAGGCUGUAAUGGCGCACCCCGUCCAAGUGAUUUACAGCCUUCAUAGCAGGAGGGGGAAGAGGGCAUUCAUCAAUUUGAAGUUAUGCCGGAUAGUCACAGAUGUCAUCUGUGCGAAAGAGGGGGGGCGACCUGACACAAGCACAGGACUUCAUUAAGUGGUUGCCAGGGUCUGUGGACAGCGGUUGUGGCAGGAAGAGGCGUUUCACAGAAACGUUUGCAGCAGAGCAGCCCGAUGAUCCCUCCCUUCGGGGCAGGAAUCAUUGCCUGCCCACUGCUGCCCUCUCCCUGCCCCACCCAUGCCCUCAGGUCCCUGGCAAGUCCACCGUCGGUCCCUCCUGUCCGGCUGCUGCUGCCCCUGCUCCUUCCCCU